CACCAGACUCGGUCCCAGUUCGAUACCCAGUCCAAGACCCAAGACUCAGUCUGGAUUCCACUCUCCACUUCGGAGUGAGUUUUCGGCGCUUAAAGCUGUUAAGACUUUAACGCGACUUUAAUAUAUACACCACAUUGCCGUGCAUCGUCAUCUUUUUACCCGGAAAAGUCUGCGGCGUAACAACUGCUCCCGAAAUUGUAAAUUCAGAAUGCGGCGCACAGCUCGAUUGAUUCCGUUCGGUUUCGUCAUCCUGCUCCUCGUGCUCCUCCAGCUUCCAUUUUCAUCGACAUUCGGCCACACACUGGGACGCAGCUGCCAGACGCCCGAGAAGACCGAAGGACGGUGUGUGCACUUCAGCUCCUGCCGCCUCGUCCUGCGGCACUAUGCGAUGUACAAGGAGCACAUGCCGCCGGUGAUAAUGCGAUUCCUGCAGCGGGCCCGUUGCAAGCCGAAGAACGAGGGCUAUCAUUUGUGCUGCGAACUCAAAGAUGUGAUUCCUGCGAACGCCAACUCCAAGCUAAAGUAAAUCAACUUCAAAGUGCGUCAUGUGUUGUGUGCGUGUGGGCUUUGAUCUGCCAAAUCAGUUUGGUAGCUUUUUGUUUUGGGCCCCGUAACCAAAAUGUUAUGGCCGGGCCGCAUCGCCUGUAAUUAUAAUGUGUACACGAAUCAUGUAUUAAGUGCGUAUUCCCGUCUCGCCGGGCAACAGAUGCUGAGACAUAAUAAAA